AAGUAAAACCUGUUCUCAAUAUUAGGCCUAAUUGUUGAUUAAAUAAUGCAUCUGAGGAAAAGAUGCAAGCAAUUAAAUUGAAACGAUUCUUGAUCCCACACUGCGUUUUCUCCAUGCUGACUUAACAUGCAGGAAUGAAGGAGUGUAAACACAGCGAUGUUUUGAUUAUCUGUGGUCAGCUGAUGCUGUGUCAGCCUGCAAACUCUUAUAUUUGUGAUGCAGAAUCGCUGAUUGUUAAAUCGUGGUGGGAUGAAUCAGGCACAAUUCAUAAUGCUCUUUCUUUCUCUUCUCCCGCAGAAAAGCCGAUGGCACAAGGACCUCCUGGUGGUAUUUUUGGCAUCUUGGGAGUUGUGGUGGUGGCCGGUCUGAUUGUAGGAGUGGUGGCCACAAUAUGUAUGGUGUACAGGAGAGGAAAGAAGCCCCGCACAGAAACAGACAACGAUCUGACUGACCUCCCCCCUGCUCAUAAGCCGGCCCCUCCGCCACCCAAGAAAAAGAGCAGCGACAUGAAAGGCGGCCUGACGUCUGACGAGAUCCAGGUUGUUCAUCUGGACAAGGAGGAUGAGAUUCAGAAGAUUCCUCUCCAGCCUCCAUACUAUGACAUGGCACAGUCUGAGUCCACUGCGUUCACCGAUAAGCCGAACUCUGGGAACAAAGAGCUACCGAACCCAGCUGACUAUGUGAGCCGCCAUCUUCCGGGCAACCAGGAACAAUUUAAUGAACCUCCACCUCCUUCUGCUUACCCCCCUGUUACUUUCCUGCCCCAGAACCCUUACACCCAGCACCCUUCUAAUGCCCCCAUGUACACCUUCCAGCCAAACGCGCCACCUCCCACCCCCCGACCCCCAUUUAAUUACCCCAAAGAGCAGUCAGUCUAAACCCAUGGCCAUCCCCAUACAGGAUAGCCAUUACGCGUCACAUCUGGAGAGAACAACACUUCCUUCCUCGUUACUGUUGUCCUGUGCUGGCCACAUCAGGAUGCAGGCGGUCUCUCGGAACUAUGAAUAAAAGUGUCAGUAGUUUGUGGACCUGAAACCGUGUGUGUUGUGCACUGCAUGUUUCACUAUGAGGCUGUGGUUAGAACCCCUAGUCUUGUGCUAUAAAUAUAGAAACACUGCACCACAACUAUACCCCCUCCCUCCCUCCCUCCCCUCACAACAGCACACCUCACUUCUCCUGAACACAGGGUAUCAGCCUUCGCUCUGCCUAAACCUCUCUUAGAUCUUCCCCUCCUUUAUUUAAUUCUGCCAAGUGUCUGACCAUUGACAGUGUUUCAAGAAAUUGUCACCCAAAAAGGAAAGUUC